AUGAGCAACAGCGGGCCGGCGUACCCUCUGGCGUCACUCUACGUGGGCGAUCUGCACCCUGACGUCACGGAGGCCAUGCUCUACCAGAAGUUCUCACCUGCUGGACCGAUCAUGUCUAUUCGUGUGUGCCGAGACAUCAUCACCCGCAGGUCCCUCGGCUAUGCUUACAUCAACUUCCAGCAGCCUGCCGACGCGGAAUGUGCACUGGACACGAUGAACUAUGAGGUCAUAAAGGGUCGUCCAAUCAGGAUCAUGUGGUCACAGCGAGACCCUUGUCUGAGAAAGUCUGGAGUAGGGAACAUCUUUAUCAAGAACAUGGACGAGUCCAUUGACAACAAGGCGCUUUAUGACACUUUUUCUGCCUUUGGAAACAUUCUUUCAUGUAAGGUAGUAUGUGAUGAGAAUGGCUCGAAAGGCUAUGGGUUUGUGCACUUUGAGACGCAGGAGGCAGCUAACCGAGCCAUUGAAACCAUGAACGGCAUGCUCCUCAACGAUCGCAAAGUCUUUGUUGGCCAUUUUAAAUCUCGCAAAGAGCGAGAGGCAGAAUUUGGCGCCAAGGCCAUGGAGUUUACCAACGUUUACAUCAAGAACUUUGGGGAGGACUUGGAUAAUGAGAAACUGCGGGGUAUCUUCUCGGAAUACGGGAAGACGUUGAGCGUGCGAGUGAUGACGGAUGACAAGGGGCAUUCCCGUGGCUUCGGCUUUGUGAACUUUGAAAACCACGAGGAUGCGCAGAAAGCUGUAGUGGAGAUGAAUGGACGGGAGCUGAACGGCAGGAUUCUGUACGUGGGCAGGGCUCAGAAGAGGGUGGAGCGGCAGUCAGAACUCAAGCGCAAGUUUGAGCAGAUCAAGCAGGAGCGCCUGAACCGCUACCAGGGUGUGAAUCUAUAUGUAAAGAAUCUAGACGACGGCAUUGAUGAUGACAAGCUAAGGAAAGAGUUUGCUCCAUAUGGAACCAUAACCAGCGCUAAGGUGAUGACGGACGGAGGUCACAGUAAGGGUUUUGGCUUCGUGUGCUUCUCCUCUCCCGAGGAGGCCACCAAAGCGGUGACGGAGAUGAACGGGCGUAUCGUCAGCACCAAGCCGCUGUACGUGGCCCUGGCGCAGCGGAAGGAAGAGCGCAAGGCUAUGCUCACCAGCCAGUACAUGCAGAGGCUGGCCAGCGUCCGCACCGUCCACGGCCCUGCCUUGCCUGCCUACCCGCACAACUCUGGUUACUACAUGCCCUCCAUGCCACAGCCUCAGGGACGCGCCUUCUACAACACCGUGCCAAACCUGCGACCUCCGCCACGUUUUGCAGUACAAGCUCCCAGACCCCAGGCUCCGUACUCCGCUCAUAUAGUGAGGUCGGCGAUGCCACGCAGGGCCUCCACCCCCAUCAGCACUGUGCGUCAGGCCUCCACCCAGGCUCCGGGCAUCAUCACCACCCAGAGAAUGGCACACAUUGGGACGCAAACAGCAGGUGGGCGAACGGUGGGAGGGGCUAUGAUGAGAGGAGCCAAUCAGUACAAAUACUCGACUGGUGUCCGGAACGUGCAGCAGGUGAUCAGCAUACCAGCCGCCGUCGCACAGCAGAUGGUGCCUGCUCCAGUUAUUGAGCCUGCAGUUCACAUUAAAGGUCAGGAGCCCCUCACACCGUCUAUGCUUGCUGCUGCACCCCUUUUGGAGCAGAAACAACUUCUGGGUGAGCGCCUCUAUCCACUGAUCCAGGCCCUUCAUCCUAAUCUCGCUGGGAAGAUCACGGGCAUGUUGCUGGAGAUUGACAACUCUGAACUGCUGCACAUGCUGGAGUCCCCGGAGUCCCUGCACGCUAAGGUUGAGGAGGCAGUGGCUGUUCUCCAGGCUCACCAAGCCAAAGAAACGUCACCUAAGAAAUGAAGAGGCCUUCAGGCAGGCAGGAGAUCCGUGGGUUUGCCAAAGGGGAGAGACUGGGUGGGGAAGGAAAGGGGAGUAGAUUAUGAUGGUGGAAGAGCACUUUAAAAUCAGUGGUACUUUAUUGAAAUAGCUCAAUUGUUGUUCACAGUGUUAUGUUUUGCUUUUGUUUAUAAAAAAUUAUAAAAAGGAAAAAAACCGAGAGGG